AUGUUGGAGGCAGACUGCCACUCAUGCUUGUUUCUGGUUGUGCCCGCGUGGGGAUGCGACGUCAGGCUGUACAAUGGUCCCGGUUCCCUGCAGACGCGGCCAGUGGUCCAGCUGGCCGUAUGUGCACAUUACUUUCAUCGCGAGUGUGUGGCUGAGUGGAUGAGCGAGCAUCACUCGUGUCCCACCUGUCGCUCGCACGCUGCCGUCACUCGGCUGGCCUGCACCUACUUUGGCCGCAUCGCCCACCUGCCCAAAAGCGAAAAUUCCGGUCAAUUGCCCUCCUCCGUUCAUGCCCUUCUUGACAGCAUUGAGACGGCCCUUGCGGGCAGUGAUUUGCACGCCCACGAGCAGCACCAGCAUGACUUGAUCAUCCGCCGCACCUGUGUCAGCAUUGGCAAGGACAAAACCCGGCUAGAGCUGCCAUUGACACGUCUUGUGAGCUUUCACGUUAAGGACAACCUGGUCAUUUUGGUUGAAGGCCCCGCGCUCGACGCGCUGGACAAGCGCAAUGCCUGUCAUCUCUUACUCCUGCCCAACAUGGACAAGGCCCAGCUUUGCAUGGAUGUGCUGCUCAAGACGACUCGGGCUUUUGCCGAGCAUCUAGCCACCCGGUCGGGUCCCAACAGGCCCCUCGCGGCCAGUCGCGAGAGCAUCAACAGUGUCGACAGCACCGACAGCGCCGCGAGUGUCGACCCCACUCCAGAGCAACCUGCUCGGCUUAACGUCGUUGUGAUGAUCAUCCAAAGGGAACAGAAGAAGAAGAAGAACAAGAAGAACAAGAACAAGAAGAAGAAGAAGAAAAAGAAACACAUGAAGCCAUCACCCUUGGAGGAGAGGAAGGAGAAGAAGUAG